AAUAAUAAUAAUAAAUAAUGCUGAGAAUUACCGGCAACCGGAUAGUGUCCGAAAGAUUGUCGUCAAUUAACCGGUGGCGACGGUGGUACUCUGUACAGGUUGCCCGGAAGGACAAUGAAGCGGGUUUUAUUCCCAAAUUGCCGGCUUUUGAUUACACUCCGCCACCGUACGAGGGGCCGUCCGGCGAGGAGAUUUUAGCCAAACGGAAGGAAUUCCUCAGCCCUUCAAUGUUCUUCUUUUAUAAGAAACCUCUAAAUAUUGUACAUGGAAAGAUGCAAUAUUUAUUCGACGAAAAUGGGCGGAGAUAUUUAGACGCGUUCGGCGGAAUCGCGACGGUGAGCUGCGGUCACUGCCACCCGAAAGUGGUGGAAGCCAUUGUCAAUCAAACAAGAAAGCUUCAACAUUCAACUAUUCUCUAUCUCAAUAACGCCGUCGCUGAUUUCGCCGAGGCUCUAGCCGCCAAAUUGCCCGGCGACCUGAAGGUGGUGUUUUUUACGAAUUCCGGCACGGAAGCGAACGAGCUGGCGCUGUUGAUGGCGAAGCUGUACACCGGCAACCAUGACGUCAUUUCUUUAAGAAACGGAUAUCAUGGCAACGCCGCCGGAACCAUGGGCGCCACCGCUCAGAGCGUUUGGAAAUUCAACGUCAUUCAGAGUGGAGUUCAUCAUGCCGUCAAUCCAGACCCAUAUAGAGGAAUAUUCGGAUCCGACGGUGAGAAGUAUGCCAGAGAUGUAGAAGAAAUCAUUGAAUAUGGAACAUCCGGCAACGUUGCUGCCUUUAUAUCCGAAGCUAUACAAGGAGUGGGAGGAAUCGUUGAAUUGGCGCCUGGUUACUUGCCGGCGGUAUACAAAAUGGUUAAAAACGCCGGCGGGCUCUGUAUUGCCGAUGAAGUUCAAGCUGGCUUCGGCCGCACAGGCAGUCACUUCUGGGGGUUUGAAGCUCAUGGUGUUGUUCCUGACAUUGUCACCAUGGCAAAAGGAAUUGGCAGUGGAAUCCCACUAGGAGCAGUGGUAACAACUCCAAGAAUCGCGGAAGUAUUGACUCAACGCAGUUAUUUCAACACCUUCGGAGGAAACCCAGUCUGCAGCGCAGCAGGCCGCGCCGUUUUGGACGUAAUCGCCCAAGAAAAUCUUCAACAAAACGCACUCACCGUCGGCACAUAUCUCAAGAACACCCUCACAGCUCUCCAACAUAAAUACCAACUAAUUGGAAAUGUAAGGGGAAAAGGGCUAAUGCUUGGUGUCGAACUCGUGACCGAUCGUGAGCUGAAAACCCCAGCAAAGCUCGAGACUCUUCAUAUAAUGGAUCAAAUGAAAGAUUUGGGAGUGCUGAUUGGGAAAGGUGGGUGUCGUGGAAAUGUGUUUAGAAUCACUCCACCUCUUUGCUUCACAAAAGAAGAUGCAGAUUUUCUUGUGGGUGCAAUGGAUUACACGAUGUCCAAGAUCUGAGGAGAAUUAAAUUACUGAAGAAAAUUUACAGUGAAGAAGUAAAAUUACAGAGGAAAAGUAAAAUUACAGGAAGUGAAACCCGAAGAGUUGGAGAACAACUGAAGCGAUCAUGGAGAAGAGAUCGAGUAACAAAGGGGAGAAUUCGUGAGAAAUUUGUAAGCUUUUUCUGAGAAAAACGUUUGAAAAUGUGGGGAUUACACCGUCGGUGUUCAUUAUGAACAAGAACAUCUUGGGGGCUAUUCUGUUCUUUUGCUCUUCUUGUAAUGAAAAAAACUCCAAAUUUAUGCUUAAAAAACGUCAUUUAUGGCUCACCUUA